UUAAAAAAAAAAACACCGCGUGUACAUCGAUAUUUUUUAUAUUGUAUUUAAUAUUUAUCUAAAGUGAAAGUCAUGAUCAGUCAUAAAACGUAAAUAUAAAAAAAAAAUGAUCGAGGCGAUACUUAAUAAUGCUCCAAAGAAUUAUCUGCUUUACUUAAUCACUUCCUUUAGAUAAUUUGCCUCUUUUUUUAGUGAAACAUUUUUUACUCGUGGCUCGAUUUGCGUAUGAAAACAAUAAUAAUCAGGUACAGGAUCUUAAUUGCGGAGGAAGUGAUAAGACGUAGCCCGUGUAUUACUCACUGACGUAUCUCAUGUUGUAGCAAACAAAUAUUUCCACAAAAGUUUUCAUUGAAACAAGAAUUUUUUUUGAUGAAAAUAUGCUACUUAUGAAAUAAAACCAAAGUCGACAAUUAUUUUCCUUUAGAAAAUUCUUGUUCUGAAUAAUUUCUUUUCUAUAUUGAAUAUUGUCUAGAUGUAGGUAAAGAAAACAGCAUCCAGAGUCAAAGUUGUGUGAUGAUAGAAAAACGAAAAGAAUGACCAGUCGGCGAAUACAAAGCUGGGGCAGAUGACGUGGCAUUUUUUUUGACGAAAACAGCAAAAACGGAAAAGGGUAGCUUUAGAGGGUGGCAUUACUGUCCUGACGCGGUGACCAAUCACGAACGAGGAAGGGUGAAAACCUAUCGGCUGUCGAACAAAGACCGGCGCAGUUUUCUCCGGCUUGUAGAACAAAGACAGACUGUUUUAAACGGAUUCUAAAAAUAUGGAUUUUUCAGAAAAAAGUCCAAUAUCUCUUCACUCGCGGCAUCUCGACUACUACUACUAUUGAAACAUCCUAAAAUUCGUAUCUUUCACGUACCUAAACAAUAAUUUUCUCAAAAAUUGUAUUUAUUUAACUUCAUACAAUGCAAAAUUUGCUUCGAAAUGAAACCUUUUGUUAUCGCGUAAGCGAAAAAUAUAUGCAAUAUACUGGUGGGAUUUUGCGUCAUUUUUAAACCACUGCAAUAAAUACGAUGUUGUUCUCGCAAUAAUUAAAAUGAGUAGGUCUAGGUACUAUAAAAAGAUAAUUUUGUUUUUUUAUUUGUUUUAUUAAACAGGCGUUUAUAGAAGCGUUAUCAGAAUAAAACAAAUAAAAAAUAAACUCAUAAAACAGAUUCAUGAAAUUUCCCUAAAAUGGAAGGUACAUACAUACCUAUACUACGACGAUGCUAGUUGAUUAAUGUGAAAAACAUAUUUAACUUCUUUUGUGUUAUACUGUUACAAAAGCGUUAUCAGUUUAUAAAUAGUAAAGGUUGCCCGGAAAUGAAGGCUUUUCCACAGUGACAUCAUAUAUUAAUUGAUAACAGACAACCUUUGAAAACUACCUACAUAGGUGCUACUAUGUUUAGUUUUUUAAAUUUAAUAAUCCGUAAACAAAAUUUCCCACUAAAAGCGUAUUGCUUGAAUAACAAAUAAGUAGAAAACGAGUCAUAACGUAUUAAUUUUUGUUUGUUUACAAGUAAUACUUAAACUAUCUGCGGGAUAACAACAUAUUACACAAUAAUUAUACUAAUCUGUAAUUAUUACACUUGGAUCGGUUAUUGUAAAAUUUACUUAUUGUUCCAUUCGGACAAAGAAAAAGAUAGAAAAUCAAUACAAACAUCGUCGUUUUGAGAAUUUAUUUUUAUUUUGCCAUUCGUCGGCAACCUCAUGUGGAUAUGUAGGGGUGAGCAUACAGGGGUGGGGAUUGCAGCCCUAUACCUUUCAAAGGCCUAUGAAAACUGUGACAUUUGCUCAAGAUUCGUAAAUAAACCAUUGAACUGUGCAUGUAAAGAACAAUUGGAAAGUUGACGAUUGUGAUCUGUUUUUGUGCCUUUUUAAAAAAAGUUCUGCAGGAAACAACUGCCUAUUAAAUAUUUUCUGGACUUUGUAAUAUGAGAGGUGGUGGAGUGUGCUGGAAUAUGAGUUCUACAUGCGUGCAGGGCGGUAUCAUUCGUCCUCUUGGAGGAUAUCAGCCUAAUGUAAUUAUGGAACCGCAUUCACCUGUCCCAGGAUGGCAAAUGCACCACCCCGUUGCAAUGAAGCAAGAGCCUAUGGAAGACGAUAGAAACGAUUCGGGCAUAAAUUCUGGUUUAAGUGACUUUCAUUCGUCAUCUCCGGGUAGUGAAAAUAGUCAAGAUUGCAACCCUUCAAGCGCGUUUUCGUCUUCAUCAUCAUCAGCUGAAAUUCAGUCAUCGGUUCCUAGUCAGUUAUAUUCUUCUUCCGUGAUAUCUAGGAUUGCAACGUCGGGUUCAACCUGCUACUCUAAUCCAAUAGUGUAUCCCGCUUAUAAUCCUUCCAACGGUCAUCAACAACCGGAAGUUCAAGAGUCGCCAGUUAACUUCCGGAGAUCUCCCAGUUUAGUAAGUACUCCGACCAAUUCUACCAGCUACGACGAUCUGAACUCGACGCUUACCGAUUCCACGUCACCUGGACACGUUAGACGCUCCCAUUCUUGCGAAUCGAAAGAUUCAAAUAACGCGGAAAAUGACGACCCGUUGCACAAGCUACAAAUGUCCCUGGAAAAAUCUGGAUUGGUUCCUCCAUGCAUGCUGUCGCCCAAGACUACCAGCGAACAUUCGGCAGACGACGAAAACAAAUCCGACGGAGAGAUGGACGAGUACGACGAACAGGGGAUCAGAGUGCCGAAAGUAAAUUCCCAUGGAAAAAUCAAAACUUUUAAAUGCAAACAAUGCGAUUUCGUAGCCGUUACGAAGUUGGAGUUUUGGGAACACUCCAAAGCGCAUAUUAAAGCCGACAAGUUGCUCACGUGUCCGAAAUGUCCGUUUGUAACCGAGUACAAACAUCAUCUUGAGUAUCACCUGAGGAAUCACUUCGGUUCGAAGCCAUUCAAAUGUGACAAAUGCUCGUAUUCUUGCGUGAACAAAUCUAUGCUGAAUUCUCAUAUGAAGUCUCAUUCCAACAUCUACCAGUAUCGUUGCGCCGAUUGCAGUUACGCCACGAAAUAUUGCCAUUCGCUAAAGCUACAUCUUCGCAAAUAUUCUCAUAAACCUGCCAUGGUGUUGAACCCUGACGGAACCCCGAACCCGCUUCCAAUUAUAGACGUGUACGGAACACGGCGAGGACCAAAGCAGAAGAACUUCUCGAAACAAGACGAACCCGAAUGUAAUCCUGCCAAAUUUCUACAAAACCAAUUCGCUCAAUUCGUUAUGAACGCACAAUCACAACCUCCGAUGGCUAUACCAUUUCCGUAUCCUUUCUUGGGAGCUCUUUCGAAUCCUCUUGCCAACCCGUUGCUUUUCAAACAGAACCUGGAACAGCUUGCGAAAGAGAGGGACAGUUUUGAUGCCGAAAACGAAGAUGAAUCCAGAGAAGACGAACAAAUGUCAACUGUAUCUGAAACGCCUCCAGUCCGCCAAGACGACACCGGUGCUUUAGAUUUAAGUAAACCCGACAAUAUAUCCCCAUCGCCAGAACAACCGAUUAAAAACAGGCGUAAAGGUCGUGCCUAUAAGUUAGAGAAAUUCCAAGAGAGUUUCGACGGUGACGACGACGAGAAUGACGACGAAGGUGCCUUGAAAAUUGACGAAGAUGCUGAAGAAAGUAAUUCGUCAUCGAAACCCGAUGAUAAAGAGGUGAUGACGAAUAACAACAAGCCGGGCAAUUUUUCUUGCCAGUAUUGUAACAUAGCAUUCGGUGAUAUUGUGCUUUAUACAAUGCAUAUGGGAUACCACGGCUACAAAAAUCCGUUUACUUGCAACAUGUGUGGUGAACAAUGUGUCGACAAGGUUUCAUUUUUUCUUCACAUUGCGCGCAAUCCGCACACAUAGUGCUUUCGCGCGAAGACGAAAUUUUUAUUUCAAGUUACCGAGUGUUUUUUUGUUUUUUAAUUUUCCAUUGAACUUGUCUAGUCAACGUGCUACCGAUCCCAUAGCGAAAGCCCAUUCGAAUAAUGUGCAAUGCCGUAACUUUUUAAUCAUUUUCUUUGUUUGUUUCUUUGUGACUCGCUAGUGCUGUCUAGUUCUUAUUUUUAACGCAUGCUAUUUUAUAUUAUUUAUACGUGUAUAUGUAGUCCGUAAGGUGUGUAAAUAGUUGACAAUAAGUAUUUUGUUGUAAAAUCAACAGUACAGCUAAUAACCAAAUUUCCAUGACUUGAUAAUUUAUUUUACGUAAUAAAUACAACUUAACGAAUAAGUAGCGAUAGAAAUCUUGGAGUUCCUCAUUUAGUAAUACGUAGAGUUUACCAUAGUUUUUACACUAAUAUAGUAUUAUACAUACAUAAAUAUAUAAAAGGGUCCAUCGUUGAAGACUGAUUAAUGUAAACGAUUAUUUUCAUUGUAACACAUUGUGCUUUCUGUUUAAAUCAAAAUUAUACAUCAUAGUUAGAAAUAGUCUUGUAAAAUAACGUUUUGUGCCAUUAUAUAAACGAUUUUUACGACA